AUGUCCAGCUCGAACCCUCGGAAGCGGGCAGCUCCAGGCGCGACACCGAUGGUCCCCAGACAGAACCAGCAGCAGCAGCAGCAGCCGCAGCCGCCGGCGUACGCGCCUGCCGCCGCCGACCAGAUGGUCCGGUGGAACGGCGCUGCCGAUCCCAUGGCCGGCUUCGUCGACGGCACUUCCGCCGCCGGACCCGCCGGCGUGGCCCAGCCGCCCGCCAACUCGUACGACCUCAUCCAGAGUCAGCGCCAGUUCCCCCAGGGUCUGAGCACCGCCGCGAACCCCUCCAGCUCGCUCGCCCGACGGCCCGUCAACCAGGGCUUCAUGCCGGACCCCUCUCAGGUCAGCUUCGAUCCCAGCUGGGCCAGCUUUAUGGGAGGCGGCGCCGACGACGGAGCGGGCUCGGCAGCAGCGGCAGCAGCAGCGGCGGCGGCGGCGGCGGCGGCGACGACGACGACGACGACAUCGUCGUCUUCAUCUCUGGUCCCGCUGAACCACGACGGGACCGGUAACCCCGGUGAGGAGAACAUUGAGGAUAUGGAGGAGCGGGCUCAGAAGGCCAAGAGAGAGGCCUUGGCCAAGAGGAAGCAGAUCCCCCCGUUUGUCCAGAAACUCAGCAGCUUCCUCGAGGAGGGCAAAAACGAAGACCUGAUCCGCUGGUCGAAUAAGGGCGACUCCUUCGUCGUCCUAGACGAGGACGAGUUCGCCAAGACGCUCAUCCCCGAACUCUUCAAGCACAACAACUACGCCUCGUUUGUGCGGCAGCUCAACAUGUACGGCUUCCACAAGCGCGUCGGGCUGUCGGACAACUCGAUGCGGGCCAGCGAGCGCAAGAACAAGAGCCCUAGCGAGUACUCGAACCCUUACUUCCGUCGCGGCCACCCCAACCUGCUCUGGCUCAUCAACAAGCCCAAGAGCGGCGGCAAGGGCGCCAACAAGAAGACGCAUAAGAGCGAGGAGCCCGACAGCGACGAAGAGCUCGGCCUCGGCGGCGGGCUGCACGACGACGGUCACGGCCACGGCCUCGGCCACGGCCUCGGCCACGGACACCACGUGCAGGCGCCGGGCGGCGUCCAGCACGCACCCAAGGCUCUGCCGGCAACGGUGGUGGCCACGUCGGGCGCAGGAGCGGGAGCCGGAGGGAUCGGAGUCGGAGCCGGAGGGGUCGGAGGGGCCGCGGCGGGAGGAGCCGGAGGGCUGGGAGGGGACGGCGGCCUGCAGCGCAAGGAGAUAUCCAUGAUCCGCGAGGAGCUGAAGCAGGUGCGGGAGCAGCAGAAGGUGAUAUCGCGCACCAUCUCGCACCUGCAGCAGAACAACCGCGACCUGUACAACCAGGCGCUCCUGUUCCAGAACCAGCACGACCGGCACCAGAACUCCAUCAACGCCAUCCUGCACUUCCUCGCCAACCUGUUCCGCAAGUCGCUCGAGGAGCAGGGCAGCAGCCAGAGCGCGGGGGACAUCUUCUCCAGCAUCCUGGCCAGCCAGCAGGCGGCGGCUGCCAACGGCAACGCGCAGCAGGGCACGGUGGUGGACCUGGGCGACUACUUCCAGAACAGCCCGGACUCGACCGCGACCCUCUCGACGACCCCGCACCACCAGAGGGCUCGCGGGCUGCUGCCGCCGAUACCCAACGGGGCGUCGUCGACGAGAUCGGCGUCGUCCGGCCUCGGCGUCAACAGACGCAGCUCGGCGGCGGCAGGCGCGGCAGGCGCGGCGGCAGGCGGAGGCUAUCCCCGAUUUCAGGAGACCGGCCAGGUUACGGAGCUGGUGGACGGACCGACGAACUCGGGCGAGACGCCGCCGACGCUGCAGCACGAGCUGGAGAACAACCCGCAGGAGCAGAUGAUGCGCAUCAUCAACAACCACAACAGCGCCAACUCGCUGGGCGGCAUGGACCUCGGCGACGCGGCCGACUUCGUGGCCAACACGCCGCCCAACCUCAACAGCGACCAGCGCGACCAGCUGGCCAACCUGAUGAGCCGUCAGCAGCCGUCGUCCCGCGGCAGCCGCCAGGCCGGCUCGGCCACGCCCAGAUCGUCAGCCGCACCGACGCCACGGCCGUCGGGGGCGGCACCGUCCCCGGGGGUACCGACGCAGCCGGCACCGCCCUCCCUCUCCCCGAUACUGCACUCCCCGGCCAUGCAGCCGCUCUCGAUCAACCAGAUCAGCACCAACCAGUCGGAGCUGGAUCGCCUCCAGGAGCUGCAGGCGCAGCAGGACGCCAGGAUCAACGAGCUGUCCGGCAUGCUGGGACCGCUCAGCCCUUUCGCCGAACGGGAAUACGCCCAGCUCCGUCAUGACGGAGGAGGUGGUUAG